UUCCCCCCUCCCCCGACUCGCGCGGUUCGCUCGGCGUCCUGUCAGCAGCGUUUUCUUGACUGCUGCGUGCUUGGAGGGGGUCUCGGUGCCGUGGGGACACGGCGGUAAUGAGGAAAAUGUUAGAAGUCAAAGUGCCGAAGGGUGCGGUGAAAAGUAGGCUUCUUGCCUUUCCUUCAGCUUCCUUCAGACAACGCCGUCACCCUCAGAUACCCCGAACUUCGGAUGCUGAGUUUGUAAAUAAGCCUGCAGAGGCUCUCAUCUUGCAGAACUCUCAAGAUCUCUUGUAAAGAGAUUCAUAGAGCUUUAUGCUGCAUUUUUAUUCAGGAAAGAAGCAGGGAGAGAAGAGUGUUAUUUCCCAGGAAUCCAGCACUGGAGAAACUGCCUAGAGGACCUGAAGCCGACUCACCGCUCCUCUGCAAGGUGACAUCCAUCUAAGCCUGGAGGAAGAUUCUUGCGAGGAUGGUCUCCCAUUCAGAGUUGAGGAAACUCUUCUGUUCUGCAGAUGCAGUGUGCUUUGAUGUUGACAGCACGGUCAUCAGAGAAGAAGGAAUUGAUGAGCUAGCCAAAGUCUGUGGUGUUGAGGCUGCCGUGUCAGAAAUGACACGGCGAGCCAUGGGUGGGGCAGUGCCUUUCAAGGCUGCCCUCACAGAGCGUUUAGCUCUGAUCCAGCCCUCUAGGGAACAGGUGCAAAGGCUCAUAGCUGAGCACCCCCCACACCUGACCCCGGGCAUAAGGGAGCUAGUAAGUCGCCUCCAAGAGCGAAAUGUUCAGGUUUUCCUAAUAUCUGGUGGCUUUAGGAGCAUCGUAGAGCAUGUUGCUUCAAAGCUCAAUAUCCCGUCGACCAAUGUUUUUGCCAAUAGGCUGAAGUUCUACUUUAAUGGUGAAUAUGCAGGUUUUGAUGAGAUGCAGCCAACUGCCGAAUCUGGUGGGAAAGGAAAAGUUAUUAAACUUUUAAAGGAAAAAUUUCAAUUUCAAAAGAUAGUCAUGAUUGGAGAUGGCGUCACAGACAUGGAAGCCUGCCCUCCUGCUGAUGUUUUCAUUGGAUUUGGAGGAAAUGUGAUCAGACAACAAGUAAAAGACAACACAGAAUGGUACAUCACUGAUUUUGUAGAGCUUUUGGGAGAACUGGAAGAAUAAUAUCAAUUUUUAUACGGUUCAUAACAACUUUAGGUAAAUUUUUAAGAGUUACACAGUUUGAUACCAUUUGCUUAUAAUUGCUUAUUACAGCCUAAUGUAUAGGUUUGGUACCGAUUAUCUGUACUUCCAAGUAGACUACAGAAAAUUGCUCCUUUUUAACUGCAGUCCCAACAUUAUUAUGACCAUUAAUUACGUGGAGAGUUUUAUAAUCUGAAUUCUUUAUGUAUUUUCCUACCUAUAUUUUAUUUGAAACCUUGUAAAGGUGGAUAGUAAAUGAAACACCUUGCCUAUUGGAAAUACAGGGUAGGCAGCUUAUGUGAAUGUUGGUUUUCCCUUUGGAGGUAAAUAAAAAUUUAUCAUGUAUCAGUA